GCCCGCGGCACGCGAACAUCUGCCGAGCGCAGCCUCGUUCUGGGGCUGGUGACGUCACACAAAGGGCGGCGUAUUCAAGCGAGAGAACAGCCGCAACCUGUGUGUGUAGUGAGUAGCAGCACUGCUGUUUCGUGUGAAACAUUUCCUCCCAUCACGACACUGGAGUACAUGUACUUUGCAACCAUGGGUCAGUGUGUGACCUGGACAAGAAAACCUUCUGCUUGACUUCAAAGGAUUUAAAAAAAAAAAAAUAUUACAAGAGUGAGGAUUCGCUUUUGUUUGUCUGACGGUGAGGCUUAAAAGAAAAACAAAUGGAGCUCUGCUUGAAACGCCGCGAGUUGCUGAAUCAAACGAGUGACGAGAAUGAUGUCAACAGUGGAAACACGUGCGGCGAUGGCCUCGUCAGCCCUUACAAGCGCCUGAAGGUGUCGGAGGUCACCGGGAGCGAGGUCACGUGUCAGGGGCUGAACUCUGACCCUCCACAGCCAGCUGGUCAGUUCCGGCUACAGCAGCAGACUGACCAACACUUCGGAUGGUCACUGCAACAGCAGCUGCGGCAGCGGCGGAAACCCCGUGUCCCAGGGGGAGCCUGCGGCCAUCGCUGGAGACUUGGGACGAACCGCACAGUUCGGACCUCUUGGUGAUUUUACCGCCGAGGACGACAAGGCAGGCGUGACGAUGACUGGACCAGGAACAUCAGCAGGAGUGGAUUCGAACCAUCUCGUCCCGCUGCGCAGCGCCCUCGCGUCCGGCCAUCCUUGCUCCCUCGGCAAAGGGGAGGUGACUGUCGCGGAGAGCGUCAGCAGCAAGGCCAACAAGAGCGUCAAGUUCCGGGACUGCGGGGCGACGGACAGCUCCGGGGAGGGACUGCAGACCCGGGGUGGGGCUGGCUGCAGAGGUGGGGGAGCCAGGAACCCGAGCAAGCGCAAAGUGCUGGAGACAGAAGGUCAGCUCAAGUUGUCUGCUUACCUCAACUCUGGUCUUCUGACAAUACACAUAAUACAAGGACGACAGUUCAAGUCAGGGUGGAAGCCACUCUGCGACUCCUACGUGAAGGUAUCCAUUGUCCCCGAGGAUCUCGACAGAAAGAUGAGAUUCAAGACCAGGAUCAUCAGUGACUCCAACAGUCCUUUGUUCGACGAAAAGUUUUCAUUGGAGUUGAACCACAACGACGAGAACAAAAGGCUGCUGGUGUCUGUGUGGCAUAAAGACCAAACCUCAGGGCUGAGUGAGUUCCUUGGGUGCACGUCGUAUGGAGUCAGGAACAUCAUGCGUAACACAAAGGAGGUGAACGGAUGGUACUACCUGCUGACGGAAGAAGUAGGGAGGAAAAAACACCUUAUCGCCUCCAUGCGACCCCAACCGUCUCUCAAGAUGCGAGGCCACAACAUACCUGCCAUCAACAAAGAUGUUGUUGGGCUGCAGUCUGUCAUGAUACAAAUGGCGAGAGGCAAGCAUGGGUUUGGCUUUUCUGUUGUGGAGGAGUUUCCAGUCCGUGUUGGCAGAGUAGACUUGGCCUCACCAGCCGAGAAGGCAGGCCUAAAAGUUGGAGACUUCAUUGUAAAGGUCAACAAUCAGAAUGUGUCCAGGUCAACUGUUGCCAGUGUCGCAAAACUUGUCAAGAAGAGUGGGGCUAGCCUACUGCUUCAGCUCCAGCGACCUCGACAAGUUCAGACUGACGCCUUAGAGCAGACUCCAUGGAAAAAAACGGACUCUAUCUAUGAGAGCAUUACAGAGGAAGCUGUUGGCCAACAAGACCCUCAUGUCUGUCCUGAAGGCAUCUGUGAUUACUGUGAGGAGGAGGAGGAGCUGUCUGCAGAUUAUGACAUGACUGCACCCUAUGCUCCUUUCCCUGUCGGGCAAAUUCCAACAAGCACCCCUUUGCCAAAUUUGAUGAAGAUGGACUGUAAAACAGCUGAUGAGCAGAAGAAACAUGAGGCUAUCCAUCGUCUCCUUAGCUUAGAGCUGGAUUUUAUCGACUUCAUGCAUGCUGGUAUCCAGCGGUAUUCCCGACCCCUCCGACAUUGUGUCCUUUCAGGAACACAGCACUCUGCAGUCUUUCAAAAUGUUGAAAAACUUGUGACGAUCUCGGAGUACCAUGUCAAGCAGAUGCAGGAAAACUCUCCAUCUGUGUGGUCGUUGUCUGACGAUGAUUCUCAGUCAAGUGGAAGUAGCCAUUUUGUAACAUCAAUUGCUCUGAUAUAUCAAUCUAAAGUGCAGAUGCUUUGUCAAGCACAUGAAACGUAUGCUUUGGGUUUACGUGAAGCCAAUAGAGUCCUGUCAGAAUUACAGCACAACCAUGACUUUGUGCGAUUUGUGAAGGAGCCAGCACUGGAGCCUGGGCAACCUAGCAUCAGUGCAUUUAUCUUUAGGCCUUUACAGCACAUCAGGGAGCUGUUUGUGGUCCUGCAGGACAUCUUCCUUCACACCCCGCCACAGAGUCCUGAUCACGCUACUCUGAAGCAGGUGAUUCAAGUUAUGAACAACUGUGUCACCAACAUCGCCAGCAUGAGCAAUGCUAGGGUCCAGAGCCUGACAUCACUGUCUUCCCACACCAAGAGUUCCAGCAGCAGUGGAUGUUCUGGAAGAGGCGGCUUGGCAUCAUCUUCUUCUGACAGCUCAUCUAAAGGCAGCAUUAAUUGUGGCAGCAGACACAGUCAAGAAAAUCUGCCAUUGGUGCCAUCAUCAUCACUGCAGACAUUACGAUCCUUUGAUCGUGAAGUGAAAGAACUUGAAGAUAGACUUGUAUUUCCUCAAAAGUGUCUAGUGUUUCAGCUAAGCCAAGAAGAUCGACAUAUCAUCUUCCAGGGAGAUGUUUUUCACUGGAGCAGUGGCCAGUGGGCUAAGGUGAUGAUGGUGCUGUUUUCAGACAUUCUUAUGUUGCUGAAGCCAGAAAAGGGCGGACAGCUGCAUGUUGUAUCUGAACCCAUUCUGCUGCGAAACAUAUGUAGCAUAGAAACAAGCAGAAAACAUUCUACAGAGAUUCUGUUGCAACAUUACACAAGUCCAAGCAACACCAUUCCAGCUUCACAGAAAAUAAUCUUUCGAGCUGCAACACUCGAAGAUAAGGCAGCAUGGAAAAGUCUUCUGGAACAGAAAGUAUUGAGAGCAAGAGGGGGUCACAUCGAGAACGUGGGAACCAGCGAGACAUUCAGAUCUGGCAUCAUCUGACCAUCAUCCUCUUGACCUCAUGGUGUAUUUUAUUCUCCCAAGCUGCCAAAAAUGGUUUGUGCAUGUGGAUUCUGCGAUGUGUGCCAGAGGUGACAGGAAGUGAAAUGUAUUUGAACAUGACUGGUGAAGUCACUACUGAAUUGCUUUCAAGGAUAGGUCCUGGGUGCACAUCCUGACACGACAACAAUGUUCAUUUUGGAUUCUCUGCCUGUGACAGAAUUCACCUGCUGUGAAUCAUAUUGGAAGAAUUAGCACUGAGGCUACUUCAUUUCAAGAGCUUCUUGGCAAAAACUUCUGAGGGCUGUGUGUAAUUUAUUUCAUGUUAAUUUCGACAUUAUUUAUGAGGCAUGGAUGUUGAGAUGGACAACUAGCAUGACUAGUCAAAGACCUCGUAAGACUUUUAAUGUCUAUUCCAGCUUCUGCAAAUACGUAAGAACCUUCUGAUUGGAAAGGAAAAGAGAAGUGUUACAGAACUGCAUCGUGGCUGCUGUUAAGAAUUGACAUCUGCAAAGAAAAGUUUACUGCAACGAGUUAAAACUCUCAUUUAAAAAUUUCAAACAUCCUUAACAACAGAACACGACAAAGACCAGUUCCACUGUGAUUGACAGACUGACUUUAAUUCCACAGCUGUGGUGCAUGGAAUGCAACAUAGCAUCUUGUGUACAUCCACUGUGCAAGCUUCUGGAUACCACUAGGUGGUUUGACACCACUUCAGGAAUCUUAGAGGUGCUAGAAAAGUGAGAUCUAGCACGUGUUGCAACAUAAAGAUAGUGUACUUCUGAUAUAAGGUGCAAAUUAUCACAAAGUAUCUUUCUGCAGAUUGUGGAUCACCUGCUAGGUGAUUAGACUAAAAGGUGCCAAGUCACAAGGAAUGAUAUGUUUUAAUGAAAUUUCAUUUUUCCUGGUACCUUGGAAAAAAUCCCGUUCUUAUAAUCUUUACAUGCACCUGUGUGAUCUGCAGUGAGGCAACACACAGUUGGAUGCUGCUGUAGCAUAUGUUCAGUCAUGUGCUUCAUUCAAAAAGAGCAGUUCCAGUAGAACGUUUCACUACCUGGACAUGCUUUUGGAUAUUCAUCCACCUCAGAUGAUGUUACAUGAAGUUUUUUGUAUUUUCCAGAUCAUUACAAUUUGAGAUAAACUGUUUCAAAAGGAAAAGUUUUGAUUUAGGAGCAGUGUUUAUGAUAAUUUUUAUGCUUAACAAAAUUUCUUUUAAAGAAUCCUUGAAAUGUUAAGUAGAGAUAUGGCGUGUUUUAAAAUUCUAGUCAAAGCAGCAUUGACAUCCUGGUGGGGAGAAGUUAGCAUCUGCACCAUCAGGAAAUAUUGACAACUGGAAAGUAUUUUUUUUAAAUGGUAUGAUUUACUGUCUUUCCACAAGUCAUAUUUUUAUUCAGUAUUCUGGCUUUUUACUUAUUUUUUUCUGAAUUGCACAAUUUGCAAACUUUAAAAAAAUAAAGUCUGCAGCUUAAAAUCUUUUCUCCUUUCACAAUCUUCUUCUUUUCCAAUUCUUGUCCUUUUCAGUUUCUAUCAGAGAUUUAUGGUUUUAUUUCUGCUGCUCAUUUAUAUUGCUGUCCUUAACAUAAGCAAUAAUUGGAUUUCUUGAUGUAUGUGCUAUGUUUAUACUAAUCCCACUCCUUGCCAGCCUGUAGUGGCAGGCACCUUAUGUCUCACCAUUUUAUUUUUAGUUGAAUAUAUAAUGAAUUCCUUACAUCCUCUGCAUCGUACAAUAUUUUUCACCAGUCUCUUGAAUGAUAGAGUGUAACUACACCUUGGCAUGCAGACUCGCACACAUACAAACUGAGGUUAAAUCAUCAUCAUCAUCAUUCCUUGCUACUCCUGAGGUUAAAUCAGCGUGCAAACAAUUUUUCAUUCAUGCAUAUGUAUUUCACUACCUUGAAGUACAUGAAUAUAGUGUGCAUUUCCUAUACACCAGAACUUUUGUAUGCAGGAAACCCCAACUGGACUAUUAUCACGAUAGCAGAUAAAAAUUAGGAUACAUGGACUCCCAAAAGCCAGCUAUUGUACGACAUGGUUCUUCAAAAAGGGGCCCCUGCAUCAAAAUUUACAUGCACUAUCGUGUGACGAUAGUCCAAUUGGGGCUUCUGCAUAUGAGGACUGAUGAAUAACAAAGUUGCCCUGUCUGCAACAGACUAUGACAAAAAUGACUGUUAAGAGCUAAGUAGAAUUUUGUUUUUAUGAAAAGAUUGCAAUAAUUAUACUACCUCACUGAUGCCUAUGAUACAAGGAUUGGCAUACAUACUUGAUCUUAAUUUUUAUUUUUAUACUCCACUAUUUUUAAUUGUGAUGAAGUGAAGACAAGUUGUUACAAAUUACAUGUAAAGACUUUCAUGCUGAAAUGUAAUGGAUUUCGGCAGAAUCUGAUGUCGUUUAUCCACUUUGUUCACACCAAGAUACUGUAGAUCAACAUUGUCAGCAGUCCUCAACAUGCAUCAGUUGUCCCAUAUCAUUUUUAGUCUUAGUCAUCAGCCAUCAAACAACUUUUCUCGAUUAAUUAUGCUUCUCUCCUUUCCUUCAUACUGUUGUUAAUUUUAUGGUCUUCCUCUCUUAAUUAUCCAAGAGCACAAUUCUUUAAGUUUAUUUUUUACAAUCUUCGUUACCUGAAGUAUUUAAUUUUUCUUAUUUCUUCACUGUAGUCUGGUCACCAGUUUGCAGAGCACAAUAUGAUAAAAAUUAAUUUUUUGUUGAAGAUUGAACCAGCAAAUAAAAAAGAAAACACCAAGUA